AUGAUAGAAAGAAUUUGUCCCCAUUGUGGAAAAUCAGGGCAUGUUCGCCGAUCUCAUAAAGAUUGCACUACUUAUAUUGAGUGUUCAGCUGUUAUUAAUCAGCCUACAUGCAGUAGUUGUGAACAGUCAGAUCAUAGACGAUCAAAUCAUCAUUCCUGUCCCAUGAACCCUGCUCAGCAAAUUAACGUCAUUGGGGAUGUUGAUAUGGACGAUGUUGAUAUGAUUAAUGUUGAUAUGAUUGAUAUUGACAUGAAUGAUAUUAAUAUGAGCGGCACAGAUAUUAUUGAAGACAAUGUAGAAGUAGAAGAAACAAUAAUGCAACCUGAGCACAACAAUCAGCAGCUGCCCAAUGUUAGUCGAUGCACUGCUUGCAAUAGCCCUACACAUCGACGUAGAACAAACAGGUUGUGCCUAUUCUAUACAAAAGCAGAACCAGUAUCUGUUGAACGUAUUGCACGAGACCCAACACGGGUGCCUAUUAUAAGGGAUGAUAGAGGCAGAAUGGAUGUCAUCUGUCCUUAUUGUAGUGCCAAAAUAUGGAUUGGUGAGAGAGAUCUUCAGUUCUUGAAAAUUUAUGAUCCGCAUGUUUAA